CUCACACCUGUUUCCCCAGUCCAGAUCCGGAGGAGCAUCAUAAAGCUUCAAAUCCAUUCACACGAGCAAGCACGAGCACCGGAAGCUAAUCACGACCUACAGUAUUAGCUACGGCACGGAUGCAUUUCUAUGCUGUUCUCUGUCGAAGAUCUAAAUGGAACGUGGAAGGAAGUUACGGCGGUGGAAUGCGCCAUCUCUCGAAAUUGCAGGUGUCUUUGAAUGCGAGGGGGGCGGGAACUUUCCUGAGAUUUCUCAGUGAAAGACUCAAAAUUAGUCUCAUGCAAUAAUGGUCGGCAAGUUACAUCUCAAUGCAAUUGUGGAAUGGUAGACCAGCCUUCCGUUGUGAAAAUCUCUGCCCGCCGCCCCUUCCUGGCUUCCAGUACCGCGUGCAGACGGCGAUCGAUGGCGGCAAAACUGAGGAUUGGCCGGAAGCGGAGAGCUGGAGGUUGAGACUCGAGAACGGCGGGAUUGCCGAUUCCGAGUUUAAUUCGGAAGGAGAAGGAAGCAGCGCGAGGCACUUACGUUUGCACCACUCAGCCUGAGGCCCAUUGGCUCUCUCUCGGGUCUAUCCCAGUUCUUCUAAAGUUCGUUUUCCCUCGUGCUCGGGCACCUGUUUCGCGCAUCGAAGUGCAGCAGGACGAACCUAGCCGCAUGCGUCCUUCUGUUUUCGAAAGUUGCAUCAUCCCACGCAGGCACCCACUUCGAGGUCUUACGCAUCAUAACCAAUCAGCCGCUGCCUUCGAAGCUACGAUUCUCGCUCUUAAAAACUUCUCCGACCCGAGUUACUGUCUGUGGCUCCCUGCGUCCUUCCUUCGUCUUCGACCCGGCCUGUGGCUCUCUCUCCCUCGCGCCAUCUUCAUCCUCCCACCACCAUGACUAUCGACAACACCAUGGGCUCAGCCCUCGUCGGCGUCAUCGGGGCCGCUGUGUGAGUCGGUCGAGGCAAACAAACCUUUGGCGCUCUCUCAUUCGACUUGUCGCGGUGCGUUCAGGUUAUAUGGAGUGUCUUGCGUUCAGACGUGGUAUUACUACAAUCGAUACGGGUCCAAAGACGUGUUGUAUCUCAGAGUUCUUGUUGGAGUGGUCUUCGCGUUCGACUCUGUCCAUCAAGCGCUCAUUUCUCAUACUGUGUAUUACUAUAUUGUAUCGAAUUUCAACAACCCAGAGGAGCUAGGAAAUCUCGUUUGGUGUGUUCUACCUCGAAGUUUUGUUCAAUGGCCUCAUUGGCCUCAUCGUCCAAGGGUUUCUGACCAUGAGGGUCUGGCGAUUAAGCAAUGGCAAUCUGUGGCUCACCAUUCUUGCGGCGUCGCUGGUGCUCGCCGAGUUCAUCUGCUCUGUGGCAUUCACCGUCCAGUCCAUGCAAUUGCACACUUGGGCACAACUAAGUCAACUCAAGGGACUAUCGAUGUCCGUUAACGUCUUGGGAGCUGUCUCCGAUUUUACAAUCGCUGUCAUCCUCGUUCACUAUCUGCGGCGCUCUCGGACGGGUUUCAGAAAAUCGGAUACGAUGAUCUCCAAGCUGAUCACUUUUGCUGUCAGCACUGGGCUGCUGACCAGUGUCUGUGCCUUAGCCUCGCUGAUCUCGAUCUUGGCGUGGGGCAACACUUUGAUUUAUGUUGCUUUCUACUUCAGCCUUGGACGGCUCUAUUUCAACACGGUGCUAUCUACGCUCAAUCUCAGACAAGACAUUCGAGCGGCCGCCGACGAUCCUGAAGACAACACGUACUCCCUCGAACUGUCCAAGCGUCAGAUCUCGAGCGCCGUCAAGCCGCCAACGAUUUCCAUCAAAAUCGACACGUCACACGAAGUGGAAGCUGAGCAUCGGUCGGAACAGUCAUGCAGCACCGCUGAAAAAUCGCAGGAGCUCGAGGAGGAGCUAGGGAUGUAAUGGAAAACCGGGUUGAUAUCUGCUGUAUAUAUCGUGGAAGAACUGGGGACGAACAUUGACUGUCUGUACUUACUGCUGUAUUUUUGUAUCCCAAAAGCAGACGAGCCGCGUCACGCGCCUCGUGUCGAACUUUACCUCACAGAGGCUCCUCAGUCUGCAGCGUGCCGGGGAAUGGCACCGAAUCCGACAUUGCCCUGUCCAAGUCGACACCUUCUGAACCCAGGCAAGACAUGCCCACCAGAUCAGAACUUUCUCUUGACCUCCACGUUUUUUCACCAAAUCGCGCACUCUCUCUCACGGAAUCUAGGCCAGGGACUCACUGGCCACCAGAGCGGACAUUAGCUGACGCUGGCGGGGCAUUACGUCUGCCAUGUGUAUCGGAGCAGCUCUCUUUCUCACCCGCAUGCGCUCAGAAACGAAUCUCGUAAUGCAAACCUAUUGCUGGAUCGGGAUUCCCUGUCGACAGCGCGGCGAUUGCCUCGGCCUUCUUCGCAACUUCAAACGCUUUUGCGAAGAACCACGAUUGGCUGGCCCUAGCCCAACCAACAAACAUGGGUUGCCAUAAAGUGCGUUUACCCUCCGAAUCUCGACCGUGCGACCCUCCCCUCCCGUUCAAAAUUCCUCGCCAUGCCCGGCUCCCUUCUCCUCGCGCUGGAUGGCUGUGCCUGCCUAUGCCUGGUGCUCCUCUUGCGACGUGCUUGGUUGGCGCGUCGAUCUCCAGCGCCUGCCCUUCCGCCUGGGUAAUUUCGCUGUCCUCUUCCAUGUACCUGUCCGCUGAAUUAUGGUGUCCAGCCCUAAAGGCUUGCCCCUCAUCGGGAACGUGCUCGAUAUGCCUUCGGAGCAGGAAUGGCUUACUUUCUCCAAGUGGUCCGACACCUGGGGUGAUAUUUGCAGUGUUAGUGUCUUCGGAAAAACGCUGGUUAUCGUCGGCUCGGCUCAGGUCGCUAUGGAUCUAUUGGACAAGAGGAGCGCAUACUAUUCUGAUCGCCCCGUUUGCACUAUGGGUGGCGAACUCGUCGGUUGGAGAAACACUCUAGUAUUGCUGCCAUAUGGCGACCGCUUCCGACGGUUCCGACGCCUCUUUCACAGCAUAAUCGGCAGCCGGGCCUCCAUGCACCAGUUUUUUCCAGUAGAGGAGUUCGAGACUCGGAAAUUCCUUCGUCGCGUGCUCGCUAAACCGGACGAGCUAUCACAGCACAUCCGCAAAACCGCCGGAUCGAUCAUUCUGCGCAUCUCACACGGAUACGAGGUCAAGGAACACAACGACCCUUUCGUCCAUCUGGCCGAGCAAGCGACCGAGCAGUUCUCGCUCUCGACGGCCCCCGGUGGAUUCAUGGUCGAUCUUGUUCCAGCCUUGCGCCACGUCCCGAAAUGGUUUCCGUUCACAGGCUGGCGAAGCAAGGCCGAAGCUUGGGCGAUGACGCUGAUCCAGAUGGUCGAACAACCUUACAGUUUUGUCAAAUACCAGAUGGCCUCGGGUACGGCACCGGUGUCAUUUACGUCCACUUUUCUGGAGUCCAAGGUUCUGAGCGAGGACGACGAGUUCGAUAUCAAAUGGGCGUCCGCGUCUUUGUAUAGUGGCGGUGCCGACACGACAGUGUCUGCGAUCUAUGCCUUUUUUCUCGCUAUGGCACUCAAUCCGACUGUGGUCCUCAAGGCACAGCAGGAAAUUGACAAAGUUGUGGGUCAGGAUAGACUGCCGGCCUUUCGGGACCGAGAUGAUCUGCCUUAUGUAGAUGCUCUUGUCAAAGAGGUGCUCCGCUGGCAUUCAGUCGUUCCUACGGGCGUGCCCCACCGCGCCAUGCGUGAUGAUGUGUACAACGGGCAUUUCAUCCCUAAGGGUGCUCUCAUCAUCACGAACAUCCACCGACUCACACACGACCCGCGAGUUUACCCCGAUCCAACGGCCUUCAGGCCUGAACGCUUCAUUGCUACCAAGGAAAAGGCCGCAGAGCCCGAUCCGCGCAACUUUUCUUUUGGCUUUGGCCGUCGAAUCUGCCCGGGAAUGCAUCUCGCCGACGCUUCAUUAUUCAUCACAUGUGCGAUGUCUUUGGCAGUGUUCGACAUCGCGGCAUGCGUCGAGAAUGGCAAGGUUGUCUUGCCGGAACAUAAGAACACAACAGGAACUAUCAGUCAUCCGGUUCCCUUCCGCUGCUCAAUCAAGCCUCGCUCAGAGAAAGCGUUGGAACUCAUCCAAGCAGAAUAAACUCGGGAGCUUCCUUCCUUCUUGUUUAAAUGAGCGUCGGUUAUUUAUGAUAUCCAAGCAAUUGUAUGUAUUUUACUUUGCCAGUGAAUUAUGGAUCAAUUUGGCUGUUAUGAUUCUUAUGAACGUCUUGUGGCGCAGAAGCGGGAUUCAAAGUCGACGAGUCAGAAGAGCGGUGGUCAUCGGCGGCAAGGGGGAGUGAUGGUUGGGAUGGAGCAUCGUGUUUUUCUGGGCUGCCUUGCGAUGGAUCGGCGUUGCGGAGGAUGCGUUCAAGAGAACUGCGGACUCCCAUUUUGAACUGAUCAUCCGCAAGCAAGGGAACUUCUCCAGCGAAGCGGUCGAUGAUGGGGAAACUUCAUAAGGGAGCAGUCAGCCCUGGCUCGAGAUCAGGAACGGUGCUCACCGAUUCACCUCCUGCACAAGUUCCUUCAAGUAAUCGUGACCACUCGAAAUGGACGUGUCCAAUCACAGGAAGUACCUUGACGAUCAUGUUCUGCGAUGUGUUCGCGAGCUGUCCGGAGUCGAGUCGUUGACGAGCGAUCUCUUCAACACGAGUCUUGAACGCAUCAUAUCCAGUCUUCAACAGAGACUAAGCCAAGUGUGCCGCCUCAAAAGUCAAGGGAACAAACAGAGCGUUGAGCACUAGCGAUGAGUUCGCGCCGCCACUUGUCAAACUCGCCAGACUUUUUUAUUCUGUGCGACGUGAUGGUGAGACCGGGUAUAAGCAAGCCUAUGUAGGCUUGGGAGCGACCGACUCUUCCACGAGCUCUGCGGGGUCUGUGAUGGCCAUGGGUAAAGAGAGACCUCGAUAGCCGAGGCCGGCAACGAUCGUCCGUUGACGCGAAUCUGAUCGAUGGCAUGCUAAAUUUCUGGAUCGGCUCGACGCGUCGCUCAUCCUUCCUCCCUCACCUUUGAGCGAUUUGGGUAUCUUAUUCCAUCGCCUCCCUACUGCGUGUGCCUCAGCUCACCUUGCUACAUCCAUCACGACUAAGAUGGCACCCCAAUUUCCACCUUUGAAGAACGAUCUGCUGUUACGUGCGGCCCGAGAGUUCCGCGAGUUGCGCAAGGAUCAUGCCUUCUUCGACAUCUGCAGAACGCCCGCCCUCGCAACUGAGAUUACUCUUCAGCCGAUCCGCCGAUUCACCGGUCUCAUUGACGCCGCGAUCAUCUUUUCGGACAUCUUGGUCAUUCCGCAGGCCAUGGGUAUGGAGGUCCUCAUGAACCCAGGCCCCGAGUUUCCGGAUCCUUUGAACACACCCGCGGACGUGAGCAAACUCCGAACGGUUGUGGACGUCGACAAGGAGCUCGGGUACGUCUUUGAGGCGCUAACUCAAACGCGCAUCGCACUCGCGGGGGAAGUGCCGCUGAUCGGCUUCUGUGGCGCCCCCUGGACGCUGUUCAUGUACAUGAUUGAGGGUGGCGGCAGCAAGACGCACCAGAAGAGCAAGACGUGGUUGUACAAGUACCCGGAAGAAUCUAAGGCAUUGCUUAUGCGCAUCGCGGAUAUAUGCGUAGACUAUCUCGUCGGUCAGGUUAAAGCCGGGGCACAGAUUCUGCAAGUAUUCGAUUCCGUCGCAGGGGAACUGUCCCCUGACGAUUUCGACGAGUUCUCUUUCCCAUCCUUGGUACACAUCUCUACACAUGUUCGCAAGCGGCUAGCUCAAGAGAACAUACCCGCUGUUCCAAUGACGCUCUUUGCCAAGGGCUCCAACUACGCUCUCGCUUCGUUGGCUGAGAACUCGGGCUACGACACGCUGGGGUUGGACUGGGCGAUCGAUCCUGCUGAGGCUCGGAGACUUGUGAAGGGCAAGGUUGCGCUCCAAGGGAACAUGGAUCCGAGCUUGCUUUAUGGCGGUCGCGUCGCAAUUGAAAAGGCUGUCAAGCGGAUGUGUGCGAGGUUUGCGGUCGAGGGAAACACCCAGGCCUGGAUCGCAAACCUCGGUCAUGGAAUCACUCCCGCCGUUGAUCCUGAGGACGCCUCUCAAAUCCGUGAAGCACAGGAAAGGCUUAGCAUUAGCAAGCCAGCUGUCAUGUUUCCCGCGACGCGUGCGCCGCCCCUCGCAGUACCGGAAAUCUCAGUCCGUCAUCGUGCAGAACAAGGCGCCCAUUAUCUUCAGACUUUUCUCCCUGAUCUUGAAAUACCGGCUGAACUGAUCCGCGACGAACUCACAAACGAUGCCAACUUCCAACGCGAUUCUCAAGCAUUCGAUGCCUUUGCGGGGAACAGACUGGAGGUUGUUGGGGUCGAAAGGCCUGAAGUUGUCUCAGCACGCAAUUUGCACCUUGCGUUUCCCAUGGGUGAACUUAGCUGUGAUCUCAACAUCUCCCCCUGGACAACCGAUGAAUCUCAGAUCUUUAGACCUGCUGCUCAUGUUCGUACGUUCGGGGCGACCUCUCUGCUCAAAUUACGUGGGCUCGGCGAUACUAGCAAGCUACGAGUGCAAGAAUUUGCAUCCAUAUCCUCCGCCCAGAUUGGUGGCAAGCCCGCAGUCGAUGUCAAGCAUCUACCUGAAUCGAACCUGCUCCUCGUGAACCGCUGCGGACAAGUUUAUCACUGCAAUUGGGAUGCAAAUACUACAAUCGUCGACCAUAUCUUGAAUGAUGCAAAUCCAAGCGAUCCAUUCUGGAGGCUCGAACUAACCGAUCGAUCGGAUGCAUGUUGGCUCCUGUGCAAGGAGAACCUUAGAGAACUUGACUUGAGGUCUCGACAAUCUGUUUUGGACAUCGCUUUCGGGGAAACAUACACUUCUGUCGAAGACUGUACACAGGACCACCUGUUGCGUCUGUGCUCAACUUCACAUCUCACCUGGUUCGAUCGUCGCAAGGCUUCACAGCCUGUCCUCGCCUAUAAGCAUCAUCGCUCGUAUGAUCGGACGUUAGAAGCUAAAACCAUCACAAUCGGAAACAAACAUUAUACCACCCUAUCUUCGAAGGACAACGGUUUGGUCACGAUCUACGAUGUUUCCAACGCCGGUCUUAUUAGUGCGAAUGACUCGCCGUUUUGUCUAUCAGCUACUGUUCCCGGCAAGCAAAUCGGGCAGAUCUUCCUGAAGAGCGAUUCUGAUGUCAAAUUUCUGCGAUUGUCUGAUUUGGGUGCUAUCCACGGCUGGCAAAUCACGGACAAGCAUCCCGUCGAACUCAAGGUGGAUUGGUCUGAAGAUGUCCGUCGAUUGCACUCCGAGUCAGCUGCACUUCGGGACGAACCCACUCGACUAGGCGCUCAUCAGCCCACUCUCAUCGAUUUAUCUCCAGCUUACGAGAAGAUAUUUUAUCCCAAGGAUGAAGACGAACUAGAAGAAUCGGCAGAGGCUCUGUAUGACAUGAUUGAAAAAGCGCCGACCUUGUCUCAGGAAGAGACAAACGAACGGGACAAUGGAAUCCGAACCACGUUCGAUCUGCUAUUUCAAUCCGGAGAGAAGCCUGCUCAGGUCGCUCGGUCUGACUUUCUCACCGAGACAGUCAUUGAUUCAGAACGGGCUUAUCACGCGUUGCUUCAGGGCCGGCUUUCAUCCAGUACUCUCCAGGGCAGCUCAAAAUGGACUCAUGAUCACUUGGAAACAUUGAGGGCAUUCGAUCACACUUAUGUAGCCGACCCUCGCUCCUUCGUCGACAACUUGCGGCAAUCCGACCCUAUUUCCGACUCGGACCGAGCGGCCAGCUCUUUGAGGCGUGAGACAAGGGCAAGAGAACAGCUAGCCCUCGAUCUCUCCCUGGCCCGGAAUAUCUAUUCGUCACGGCCGUUCCACACCGCUGAAGAGGCCGAUCAAGAACUGGAAACUAUGACAGCAGUCAUGUCUCUCGCCGACGAGCCGGCCCAAUUCAAAUUCGCCUUCCUUCGUCCGGUGGUGCAUCCAGAGGCAGUAGUGACAGGAAAGUUCGGCGAGGAGAUUGUUCCUUCCUCAGUCCGGUCACUGCUCAAGGACUGGGAUGUGGGUACAGACCCUAAAAAGCACUUGUUCAAAGACUUCGAUGAAGAACUCAGCGUCGCAGGCAACGCUCCUCUGUCCCAUAACCCUACAAAGGGCCGUUUUCGACCUACACAGGAUGUCAAGUCGCAUCCUCCUUUGAUUGGGUUGAGCCAGCCAGUGGCUAAUCGACACAAAUUCCUCUCUCAGGAUCGGCCGAUGCUGCAAGAUCUGGCAGUGCAACGGCGACCUCCACUGGUUUCCGGCAGUCAGCCCAUGGAAAUCGACAAGGACCGGUCCCAGUCUCAGGAGAUGAUGGCCAGCACACAGAUCUUGCCCGGGGCAUUUGGCGGGCGGCCAGCCAUCAAAAAGAAGGAUGACCCCAAGAAGCCGGUGCACUUGACUGCUGUUAUGGGCUACAAGGCUGGUAUGACACACGUUGUUCGUGACCUUGACCGUCCUGGAUCGAAGAUGCACAAGAAGGAGAUCGUUGAGGCCGUCUCUAUCAUCGAGACUCCCCCCAUGAUUGUCGUUGGUGUUGUUGGUUACGUUGAGACUCCCCGUGGCCUGCGCACUCUCACCACCGUCUGGGCCUCCCACCUUUCCGAUGAAAUCAAGAGGAGAUUCUACAAGAACUGGUACCGCUCGAAGAAGAAGGCGUUCACCCGGUACGCCAAGAAGCAUGCUGAGGACAGCGGCAAGUCCACUGCCCGGGAGAUCGAGCGUAUCCGCAAGUACUGCACGGUCGUCCGUGUCCUCGCACACACCCAGAUCCGCAAGACCGGUCUCUCGCAGAAGAAGGCCCAUCUUAUGGAGAUCCAGGUCAACGGAGGCUCCAUCGCCGACAAGGUCGAGUUUGCGCAGGGCCUGUUCGAGAAGCCUUUCGAGGUUUCGUCGGUGUUCGAGCAGGACGAGUGUGUCGAUGUUAUUGCUGUUACGAAGGGUCACGGAUUUGAGGGUGUUACACACCGUUGGGGAACGAAGAAGCUGCCGAGGAAGACACACAAGGGUCUCCGUAAGGUCGCUUGUAUCGGUGCAUGGCAUCCUUCCAAAGUCAUGUUCUCGGUUGCUCGUGCCGGUCAAAACGGUUACCACCACCGAACAGAGAUCAACAAGAAGAUCUACCGUGUUGGCUCUGGUGUCGAUGACGGCAAUGCGUCGACAGAGUCUGAUGUGACCAAGAAGUCUAUCACACCUAUGGGUGGUUUCCCCCACUACGGUAUCGUCAAGAACGACUUCCUGAUGCUCAAGGGCUCUAUCCCCGGUACCAAGAAGCGUGUCAUCACCAUCCGUAAAUCGCUCAUGGUCCACACCUCUCGCCGUGACCUCGAGAAGGUCCAGCUAAAAUUCAUCGACACUUCUUCCAAGUUCGGCCACGGUUCGUUCCAGACAUUCGAGGAGAAGGCGGCCUUCCUUGGUGUUCUCAAGGUCAAGUCGCAGUAGAUGUUUGUACCUAUGCAUACGCCAUGUCCACACUAUCUUUCUGCUACUCCAUAUGUGCUAUGCAUCAUCAGUUCCCUGGGAAUUGCCUGAAAGUUCAAGUCGAGAUGGAUUUUGAAGGACCCGCGAAGGCACGUGAUGCAUCACGCUUGGGUAACAGUCACACACAUACGCUUCCUGGAAAAAGUUGCUGGCGCGUCCCACGACGUGAAUAGAAUCUCAGGAGGCAACCAAGGCCACUGUGGGGGUGAAUUUCACGCUGGGAUUGAUGACUUUAGUUGAUGCGCAGAGCCUCUUCGCUGGGCACUGUCCUCCAUCCAGCGCGCUCUGUUCGGCAUACGCAUCCUCCUCCACCAUGUGCCGUACUGAUCCGGAAAUAUCGUUCAAUGCCGGCUCGUCCGAGCGACCAAGAGCGGAUGGGCACCGACGUAUUCCGUGGAGAAGACGCAGAACCCCCGGCACCGCCGACCUCAGUCUCACCAGCUGCCAGCAAACUUGGAAAAAGACCUGGUGGAUUCCACCUCCCCGACCCUGCCCCUCUUCCGCUUUCCCUUUCCUCCUCUCGCUUCCAACUUGUUACACAGCAAGCCGCCAAGUACCCGACCGGAAAAGCCUGGCAGCGUCUGCCGCUCCCUAUCAUUCACACGAAAAUCAUCAAAUUCCAGCAGACCAUCCGUCUGGGUGGGGGCUGCGACGAUCCUUUCGACGACCUCGAUCUGCCGUUGCUGUUCGACAUCGAGCGGUCCGUGCGUAUGCGUGUCGACAGAGUCGCGUGGAGGAGGGACCUUCUGCGCGUCUUGGGCAACACGCAAUCGUACCCGCAAGGCUGGAUGGCGUACAACGCCCUCAUGUCCAUUCCAUUUUCCAUCCCGCACCGACACUUGAACCGGCUCGUGCGCCUGAUGACGCAAGAAGGGACGAAGACGCGCAAACUUUUCGGCCGGAUGUUGUCGGUGUUUACCUCGAUCCACCGGAAUGGGUGGGCGAUCGAGGGAUACCAGUGGAACAUCCUGAUAGACACUGCUGGCAAGGGCUUCCGGAAAGCGAGACAGGAGGAUUUCAAGCGCGCGUUUGACGUCUUCACGGACAUGGUGUCGGCGAGAGCGCCCGGCGCCACCAUGUCCUCUAAAUACAGCGCGACUUGGGGCUAUGAUGAGGAUACAGGCGGCCACGAGCAGAAUGUCCUGCCCGACGUGUAUACUUACUCGACACUCAUCAAUCAUGCCGUGAACACUCGCCACGGCGACACAGUCCGACAAUCGACAUCCCUCCUGACCGCAUCGAGACUCCCCCCGAGCCGGGUCACCCAUCUCACACUGCUGAAACAUCAUACAAACGAGGGAAGCCUUGCGGGCGUGCGCGCGAGUCUGCUCAAAUUGCGAGAGCAGCAGCAAGAAUUAGGGAUUGACGGGCUGAAUGCCUGCAUGUGGGCAUUCUCGCGCCUUGGUUAUAUGGAGGUGGCGCUGAACAUAUACCGUGUCCUGCGGCACAACAUGGUUGCCGAGACCCUGGUGGGGAUCGACGAUAUCUUCAUCGUGCGGCGGUCCCUGCAGAAUGAGGGGAUCGAGAUCCCUGAGUCGAUGGUGCCCAACGAAGUGACGUACACAACUGUCGUGCAAGUCGCCGCCUACCACGGCGAUCUCAAGACUGCGCUCACUGCCUUUCAAGACAUGUUGUCCUCUCAGAAUUCGGAGAUCGGCGCUCGGAUCUACAGAGACGAGUUUGGUAAACUACAGCCUGUGGUUUACUCGCCCACGCUCCCCGUUUUCCGGGCCAUUUUCUUGGGAUUCUCGCGGCACGGAGUGGUCGAAUCUAUAGCAGAAGAGACACAGCCGUGGGACUUGAGCAGCCUGCAUUCCAUGUUUGAUGUAUUCUUGGCCCUGCCGGAACACGUGAAACCGAAUGUGUCUGUCCUGUACUGGGUUCUCACUGCGUUUGACAAGACGAGUAACCGAGAUCUUGCGCUCCUGCGUUCAGUCUGGACUCGUCUCGAGGACCGAUUCGGAGAGAACUGGGGCGGGAAGGGGCACCGAUUGCGCCGCAUUCGGGAGUCGCUGUUUACAGACGGCGUGUCGAAUCAUCACAACCUGGAAUAGUGCUAUAUACAUACAUACAAUCUACGCAUUCUGCUGAUUUCUCCAACCAAUGUAUUCGGCCCAUGUCACACUGUGCUUGCGUGACUGGUACCGUUGCAGCUUGAUGCUCCGACGCAGAUCCUCUGUGAUCGUGCCAUUCCAUCCCGCUUUCUCGAUCGCGCUAUCUACCGCCUCCCGCUUAUCCCAGCCCUGUUCCGGUGCGAUUUCCGGCAGGUACGUCGCACUGAACUUCUGGCGCGAUGUGAUUGGCGGCAGAUGCGUCGCCGAGGAGAGGGGCGAAGGUGUGACCGAGGUCGCAGUGAGCAGCGAUGGGUGCGGGAAGGAUAUCGAUAUCCCGUGUGUCCCGAGAGUCCAGUCUAGAUACGAGUCCGCGUCUUCGAAGUCGGUCAGAAGCGAGACCCUGUGGCUGUGAGAGGACGCGCGGCACCCCGGUAGGCGGGAGGGGCUUACGCGCAUUCGAGCGUCUCCAGCUCGCUGCGCUCUAUGCGGCGGAACCGGUGAUCUCGGAACGCGCUGACGAGCGCGAACUCGGCCAAACCGUCGUGCAGCGUCAGAGCCUGGAAACUGCCUAUGCAGCCGCGCAGUCGAGGGGGGCGAUUGGAGCGAAGGGUGUUCCAUGUGACGAAGAGAGGACUGUCAUCGAAUAUCUAGCACGAGAUCUAAUACAGUGAACGAGCAUAGACUGACUACUUGUCGUCAGCGAAGCUGGGCUUGAUCGGUGUUGCCGACGUAAGUGCGCAGUACAGCGCGUCAAAGGCGUGGAAGCAAUGUUCUGCGGUGCAUACAGAGUCACUGGACUCAUCUACCAACUCGGGGACCGGGGACAUGGGGGGCAGAGGGAGACCAAUAAGAGCCUAAUCGGGGAAAGUCACGGACAAACAAGGGCGUUAGAGCAUGAUUGGGCUCAAGUUUAAACGACACAAUCCGAGAUUCGGACGGCCGGAAAGAGCUUGUG